CUGUCGUAAGAGGGAGUGCAAAUGAUUGAGAAAACAAGGGGAAGAAAGGUAGAGGUGGUGACUAGAGAGUACACCAUCAACCUUCACAAGCGCCUCCAUGGCUGUACAUUCAAGAAGAAGGCUCCCAAGGCUAUAAAGGAGAUCAGGAAGAUUGCAGAAAAAGCAAUGGGGACAAAGGAUGUGAGAGUUGAUGUCAAGCUGAACAAGCACAUCUGGAGCAGAGGGAUCAGAAGUGUCCCAAGAAGGAUUAGGGUCCGCAUUGCUCGCAAGAGAAACGACGACAAAGAUGCAAAGGAGGAGCUCUAA